AGCGGCUCGAGCGGCCCCCCCCCCACCCUGUGCCGCCCCCUGGGGCAGCGGGACAGGCGGCUGGGAGGAGGCAGCCGCGCGAUGUCGAGGCCCCUCGAGGAGCUCGUCGAGGGGGACCGCGUCCGCGUGCAGGGGGGCAAGAACUUCGAGAAGUUCCAUGGCGGUAUGGAGGGGACCAUCCUGCACAACUCGCCCGAGAGCCGCAACCUGACGGUCCAGUUCGACGACACGGGCACCUCCGGGCCAGACCCGAUUACGGUCGCAUACCGACACCUGGAGUUCGCGCCCGACAAGGGCGGCUACCGCGCUGGCGCCGCGGCCAGCAAGCCGCAGGCCGAGGCCGCGGCGAAGGGCCCCCUGCUAGAGGAGCACGGCUGCUGGAAGACCAGGCAGCUCGUGCAGCUCCACGGCCUCCAGGGCGCCGCCGAGCUCAACGGCCGCUGCGGCAGGCUGCGGAAGUACGACCCCAACUCCGAGCGGUGGGAGGUCGACGUCCGGCAGUCGGGGAUCAAGCGCCUGAAGGAGGACAACCUGGAGCCUCCCUCGGCCCCCGCGGUGCCGAGCGGCCUGGGCGUAGCCGAGUACAAGGAGCUAGGGAACGAGGCGUUCAAGAAGGCGGAGCUGGAGACGGCCGUUGCCUGCUACUCUGCGGCCCUGGAGCUCCUGGAGUCGGACCAGAUGCCGCCGCCGGAGGCCGCCGACCUGGCCUACGUCUCGGUUCUCUACGGGAACCGCGCCCAGUGCCACAUCAACCUCUGCCGCGAGGUGCACGGCGAGGACAAGGCGAUCUCGAAAGAGGCACGGGGCUACGCGAUGAGGGCUAACAUGGAUGCCUCCAAGGCCAUCGAGCUGGACCCCACGAACGGCAAGGCCUACUACCGGCGCGGCUGCGCAGUCCUGGGGAUGGCGCCGAGCGCCAGCCGGGCCAAGGAGGCCAUCUACUGCCUCGAGGUCGCGCUCUCCGGCCGGGCGUCCGGGGGCAAGGACGGCAUCGUCCUGCCCAACGCCAUGAGGAACGAGGUGAGCGGGCUGUUGGACUACGCUAAGCGGCGGUUCGACGACUGCACCGAGGCCGCGGUGCCCGACGUGGAGGAGUGCCGCGAGAACUGCAGGCAGCAGUGAGCCGCCUCGCUGGCCGCGGACUGUACCUUCUCGCCGCCAUGCCGCGCCCGCCUCCCUCGGUGGUGGGAUCCCGCGCGCUUCCCCGGACGAUGGCGGUGAGGAG